UGGGGGAUUUUCUUGUUGCUUUUAGGGCAAAUGCAAUUAAUUAAGAUAUUUUAGCUGAUCCAGGUAAACACAAGUAAUAUGUCAUUUAUUUUCUGAUAAGUUUUAGACAGAUUAAGCUGUUUGCUUCAGAUCCACGUGUGUUAUGUGUGUUCAAGUUAACUCAGAUUUGUUUUUGUUUCCAUUCUAUCAGGUUCAGUCAUGGAUGGAUUGGAGGCCGCAGCUGUCUCUGUACUAAAGCGAGCAGUAGAGUUGGAUACAAAACGCCGCUGGACAGAGUCAAUGACAUGUUAUCAAGAAGGCCUCCACCUUCUGAUGGAAGUUAUAAAGGGCCUACCAGAGGGUUCACGGCGCUCAGCGUUCCGCACCAAAGCCACAGAAUACAUGGACCGUGCCGAGAAACUUAAGACUCAAAUCGAGGCAGAGAAGCGACUUGGCAAGUACCACGAGCAGUUACACAUCGAUGAGGACUCGACGGGUCACAGCUACGAGAGUGUGUUCGGCAGGUUCCUGGACAGCGCUGUUACCGUGGUUGAAGUGGAGGACCCCUACAUCCGCGCCGUGCACCAGUGUUACAAUUUUCUCCGGCUGUGUGAGCUGUGCGUGCGCAAGUGUCCGAGACUGCGUCAGAUCACCCUGCUGACUGGCUCGGACCCGGGUGAUGCCGACGCGCAGAGGGAGCGGCUGAACAAGAUCGGAGCGUCCCUCUCUGAGCGCGGCGUCAAGCUGGCCAUCACCUUCUCGGAGACGCUGCACGACCGGGAGAUCAGAAUAAACAACGGGUGGAUAAUAAAGAUCGGGCGCGGACUCAGUUACUUCAAGCCACCGGCCAGCAAGUUUUGCCUGGGGUACAACGACCUAGACCUACGGCCAUGUCAAGAGACAACAGUUGAUAUAAUACACAAGGCUGCAUCUAAAUAAUGCCACGACGCUAGCAGCCAAGUCUGACGCCCUAUGCUGUGAUACUGAUGACCAUUAACCAGAUGAUGUUCAGACUCUUGUCAUCGAGAGACAAACAAUUUUGAUGCAUCGUGCAUGCAACACUGGUGUGAUUCAUCUUGUGUUGACUAUCGACGUGAUUUUUAUGCCCUGUUCUUGUAAGAUAGUGAUCGUUGCUUCGUGCUUUCAGAUGUAUUGUUACCCAAGCACAACUAUCAUCUGGUAUGGCGUGACCAGACUGUUCUUCCAGCGUCGUAUGCUGUGAAUGAGCCCUGUAAUACUAUUUUAAAAUGUU